CAUGAAUUUUAAAAAGGAAAAAAAAAAUCAAACUGCUGUAAGGCUAACCUACUUCGGAGGAACCCUGGUUGCAAAGUUGUCUCGGGUUUCCGGAGGCAGAGAGAGCGAGAGAGUGUGAGUCUCUUGGAGGCUGGGUCACGGUUUUGCUCUGCGUGUCCGUUUUGUGCGACGAGAUCCCUGUGCCUCAGCCUCUCCCACGGAGCCGUCGGCGGCCAGCACUCUCUCCAGGAUGUGUAGGACAGUCUGCACAGGGAGGUCAUUCCUCUGAGAUCGUUUUUUCAUAUUCUUACUGCCAUCCUGCUCCCCAAAAGAACAACGACAAAUGAUGGCGAUGAUGCUGGAUGAAUUCACGCGCACUGUUGAUGUGGCGUCUUUGCCUCGAGUGCUGCACAUUCAGUCAGGGGUUUAUGUGGAAGGGUCUGUGUACGAGAUGUUUGGCAGAGAAUGCUGCCUUCCCACCGGGGAGAUCAUGAAGAUCAUUGGGAUAAACACCUGCAUGCUAACAGCAGAAAUCGAGGCAGUGGAUUGUGAGGCCCAAAUCGUCAGCUUACCUUUGUACUUCCCUGGUCUCUUCAGGAUCGUGGCAGAUGAAAGGCCGUACCUCACCAUCGGAGAGAUCACCGGAUCCGUGCGCAUUGGUCCUGAGCCGUUAGGCCAGCCUGUGUUCCGCUGCUCCCACGACCUGCCGCAGGCCAACGCGCCACUGCGGGGGGGCGAGUGCUUCACCUUGGUGUCUCUUGAGUCGGACGGUAGCGAGGGCUACGUGGAGUGCAGGGUCACGGGGAGAGAUGCGAAGCAGCACUUCACGCUGAAGCUCUCUCAGCAGGGGGAAUUCUACGAGUGUGAGGACGACCAGUUCUACACGCUUAAGGAGCUCGCCGAGUGGAAGAUGGCAAAGGGCAGGAAGAGGAGGGUGAAGCUCGCCCAGGCCUUGCUGAAGAAGGAUUUGUGCUUCUAUGACCUGCCUGAGAACUACAGUGGAGAACUAAUCCUUUCACCCGUUUACGAACUGCAGGCUGUGAUGAAGUACCGAAAGGAUGUUGUUCGCAUUCCAUCCACUUUGGACGUGGAGGUCAUAGACAUAACAGACCAGUUUGACGGUGACUGCUUCCCUCAGCUGUUAUCACUGAGUGAUAUCUUCAAGAAGCCCAGUGAGGAAUUUCCUAUCUUGGCUGAGGUUAUAGAGCCCCCACUGCACACUAAGGAGGAGUUCCAGUUCCUUAUUUACUGCAAGCAAAUCAUCAUCCACGCUGCAUGUUCAGCGAAACGAAUCCUAGCAUCUGAAAUCCGUAGCGACUCCCAGAGACGCUUCCUCAUCCCACUUUCCUACAAAGGGAGAUUGAAGCGAAGGCCACGAGAGUUUCCUACGGGGUAUGAUUUGGAGGUGGCCAAGAGAGACAAGGAACAGCUCCACGUGGUGGCAACUCGAGCCUUUGAGUCUCACUAUGAGGGGCUUUCCACUGUGUUCGUGGGGGACCAGUAUCUGGUACAGGGAAAGGAAACUAGCGAGGUUAUCUAUGGAGGAACGCGCAAGACAGUGGAGGCCUUGGCCUGCGAGAAGAUAGAGGGCAAAAACUAUCAGUCUGUGCUGAUUCCACUGUAUCUGGAUGGCGCCUUUGUGGAAGUUAUCCAUGACAAAAAGCAAUAUAGUAUCUCCGAAGUCUGCCAGAGAUUCCACCUUCCGUUCAAUGUCAAAGUGUCGGUGCGAGACCUUUCUGUGCCAGAGGACACCCUGGCAGCUGUUCCUGGGCUGUGUCUGGAGGAGGAGAUCACAGACCCAUAUCUGCUCGUCUCCAGCCCGGAUUUGUCGCAGUGCUGGGAGGUGCCUGUCAACCGAACCUUCAUGACCGUGCAGGUCCUCCCCAGAAAGCAGGGUGCCGGGCCGCAGCCCUACGCACACGCCGCUGUGGAGGAGAUCGGCGAGGACUGCUACUACACCCUUCGCAGGUACGCCUCGGCCACACUGUGCCCCCCGCCCCGGCCGCCCAAGAAGCCGAAACAGCCCCCGCCGGAAUCGGUCAGACUGCCGCUGCCAAAGGAGCAGAGAUCUAAUCCCACAGGCUCGCCAAAGUGUCCAAACCGUGCGCUAAAACCUGUCAUUCCUGAGGAAUCUGAUCAAGCUCAUGAACGUCUUUCGCCAAAAAGUGAGAAGUUAACAUCAGCUCAAGGCGCUGUUCCACAUGUGGAUCACCAAAGAGCCAUGCAUGAAAACAGCAAUUGUGGGAACACGAGUGUUGAGGACGAUGAUGAAGAUAAGCACGAUUACGAGUACAUAGAUGAAAACACAAUCGAAAGCAUCAGAACCAAAUUCCAAAAUCAAAAUAUUAACAAUACUGUUUCAACAAAAGCAAAUAACAGGUAUGAACAGUCAGUGUAGAUCCAAAAGAGAGGGGGGGGGUGUUUAGUUUGGGCUGGAUAUAACAUAAUUAAACUGACUAGGAGAUUCAUUCUCUGCAGUUUUCAGCCCUGGUGAGAUCCCUGUCGUCUUACCCUUUGAGAGGUACAGUGAUUUUAAGCAUCGCUAAAUAACCAGCUGUAUAGAUGGGCAAAAUAUACAGAAUAAUUUAAAAAGUGCGGUCUAUCUGAAUGGGAGAAAACCAACUGGAUGUCAGCAUUUUCUAAUUGCAUUAUUUAUUUUAUUAUGGACACACGACGCGGAAGCCUCUGUGAUCAAGGCUACGCAUUCGUCAGUGACCACGCCUUUCUGAAACACGCUAUGGCAUAUAUAAGUAGCAAAUGUGGAUGUUGGAGCAAAUUAAUGGAUGUCAGCAAAAUAUUCUUUCCAACCAAAAUACAAACUCUUUUCUUGUUCUUUUUACUUUCAUUUCAUGAGAAUCUGUCCUGAGAUAUUUAUUUUUAUUCUUGCCGCUAAGUUGUAAAUGUGGCUUUGAAUGUGUGAAUUUGAAAGAACCAGGCCUUUUCCUACAAAUAUAUAAUCCUAUAAAUAUGGUUUGUGUGAGAACUUAACUGCAACAAGGACUUGGGGUUUGACUGGGAUUAGGAAUUGGCCACCGGUCUUUGGGGCCUCUCACAUCGGAAGGGGGGGGGGGGCCCAUGGACUCCCCGGGAAGAUGCCAGAUGGCCAGUCCAGGGCUGAGUGCACUUCAGCUCUUCAGGAUGAUCAUUCAAAGCGACGACAGAGGAAGCCAUAUCCAUAGAAUAUGGAGAGAGAGGGAUUAUUUAGCCUUGGAUACCACGGUAAUCAAUUUCUAGUUUGACUUUGCGAAGCUUCAUUAUACCCAAAUAUAAUAUAAGGUUACGGUGGUUGUUUUUUUUUUUCCAACUAAUUAUUUAAGCACUUAAGUAAAAUACCACUUGACAUACUUAAGUGUUGUUAACCCAGAUACCCCCAGAUAGAACACAUUCAUUUAUGAUGUUUCCCUGUCAAAUUGUCUUGUUUCCAAAAGUAAAGUAUUAAGUAUCUACCAUUAUCCUGAUUCAAUUCUCACAAGGUGUUCUGUCUAUAAAAUUGUAAUGUACCCUUAAUUAAAUGUUAAAACAUUAAUGAAAUGACAAGUACCUAUGGUUUGAGGGAAUUAUUAUUCUUUUGGAUGGGGUUUCCCCUGCAUUUGCUGGAGUGAAUGAUGGAUGUUGAUACUGAAAAAUAUAUAUGAGCACAUUCCACUAAAUAUGACUUGCUAGUAGAUGUUUAACACCAGUAACAAUAUACAGUAAAUUACCAAAUUCGUUAUGGAAUAAAUAACUGCUUUGUGCUUAAAA